GCAAAAGACUUGGCUGCCAGCAUCAAGGACCAGAAAGAAGGUAUCAUCCUUCAACACCGCAUUGAGGACUGUGAGCAGGCCGCAGCUUUGUGCAGUCCCGGCAUUUUACGCUUGCCCAAGAGGGACCUCCAGCUCAAUCUCAAGCGGAUGCAGCGUGGCAAGCAUGACCUUCCCGUGCCGUUGCAGCUCCAGGCAGCCCUGCGUUCCAUCUCGGACAAGACCCAGGAGCUGGUAGAGGCGCCCAGUCUGUCAGCCAAGACAACGAUUGCAGACGUGGUCGACAAGCUGUGCUUUUGGCGAGCCUUCCUCCAAAUUGAUGAUCAGGAGUCCAUGUCAUUUGAUGUCUUGGAGCCUUCCUUUGUGGCGCUGGCUGCAGCCUUGUCUGACACCUUCACGGGCAUGGCUCUUGAGGACUCAGAGCCCAACGUCGGGGAGUCCAAGGAGAAAGGGUGGGAG